AUGAACCCAGACGAAGAGUACUUCUCAGACGAGAAUGGUGAUGUGUUCGCACGCGAAGCGAUCGUGCAUCCAGCGCUGCGUGAGUCUUCGGCGAUAGCUCCUGAUAUCUAUAUGAAGUUUUUUGAUGGCUUCUUUGACGAUCCUCUCUUCGAUCGUUGGCUGCAGCACAAGGAACUCUGGCAGCUUGAUGUCGUAGGUGGGCCAGGCGCGGGGAAGUCCACGUUUGCAGCUUUGGCAGCCAAGCGCAUCCACAAGGCUCGCGUAGAAACAACUGGACAUCACAUUUACCUUGCUACGAUCUUUGUCGCCGAGAGUCUGAUCGAGAAUGACCUUGCUUUCAUAGAAGAUUUAUUGCGCAGCGUUUAUCACCAGAUCACACCCCUUCACGUUGAAAUAGGGCCAGGCGUCCUUGCUAAAUACAGAGACUAUAAGAGUGCUAAGCACCAUGGAAGGAAAACUUCUGCACGCAUCAGCCUCAUUUCGCAAGCAUUGCGAGAGAGAGUCGCCGAAAUUAAUGCAAAUGGUCAAGCAUUUCUUGUUCUCGACAAUCUGGACCAAUCCAAUGCAUCUCUGAGGGAGCUGAUCCGCCGGGAGCUCUCAGAAUUGCAAAGCCUUGGGUUGAAGAUCAUGAGCACUUCACGGUUGCCGAGAUAUGAAGCAAUUGGAGACAAGGUGUGCAAUUGGCACGAUGAGCCGUUCGAAACAAGUCUCUACUGGCACUGUCACGAUUGUAGACAAGAUAUUUGUGAGACUUGCAAAGGAGAUGAUCAGUUCUGUCGCACAUGUGAACCCGCAAGCGUCUGGACACAACCGGAGUUUUUCACAGUCUUCAUCCAUUCCAUCCACCCGAAAACAAUGGCGGAGCUGAUUGCAUGGGACUUGGAGAGAGAACAUGGAGAUUUAGGAUUCGGUACUCUGGCAGACCCUCUCGAACCGCCAUUAUCAUCAUUUGGUCUUGCUUUUAGAAACACCAUGACCAGCCAUGCAGGUUGCGAAUGGAUUCAAAAGAUAGCCAAGUAUGUUGGCGGAAGUGUGGUUCAAGCGAAGCUUGCUUUGGACAGGAUCCACAAUUCGACAUCACCCGAUCUUGUCGACCUAAGGCCGAAGCGUCUUCCAGCGAAUGUCCAGGCAAUCUUCAACGAAGGAAUCAAUGCUAUAAACAAGAGAUCGGACAGUUGGAACCGUAUAGCCUUGAAAAGUAUUGCGGUGGUGGGAAAGACAGGGGACGUUUUCGAUGGGUUAACUUUAUCUGCUCUCGCAAUGUCCCUCAAGGAACGUCGCCACAGGACGAGCUCGAGCCAUGUACCUCCUCGAAGUGUUGAAGACAUUCUAGAAGCCGGCCAAGGCUACCUUAGGCUCAAUUCAAGCGAGUCGGCUGAGGACGAGCCAAACAUAGUCACAUUCCACCGUCUGUUUCACAUCUUCACAAAAGAUGAGUACAACGAAGAACUUUUGAUGGCAUACUCGGAAUUACGCACCUCCAACAUACCGCGUUCAUUCACGCACAAGCCAAAAAAGGUCGAAGAGCUUGCGCAAGGAACAUCGUGGGCAGAUAUGAUAGAAGGUCUCAAAGGAUAUCGGUCCCCCAGUCUUGAUAGUAUGACUGGUCUCAGAUCGCCACCGCCGAUGAGACGCGAAUCAUCGGGCCUAAUCAGAAGUCAUACGUUCUUUCCCUCAACAAAUGCUACGGUCUCACCAUCGUCUGGCCUGGGUCUAGACGUCUUUGGAGGUGGUCGAUGA